AUGGUAUCUCGCUUGCAGAGAAGAAAAUUAAGAAGUACUCGAAAGAGAAAACAAACGAGGAAGAGAAGAUGUCGAAUUGCCGAUCUGCCGGAUUGCAUUCUGGAAUACAUACUUUCAUUGAUACCUCUAAAAGACGCAGUAGAAACUAGCCUGGUUUGCCGUGAUUGGAGGCCCUUUUUACUAAAACGGCGCAAUCUGGUAUUUGACUUCGAGGGGUAUGUUAGGAGGCCGCCACAGUUUGAAAAACGUGUGGAUACAUAUUUGCAGCUGUAUAAAGGUGACAAGGUCGACUCUUUCACAGUGGAAUUCACUGAUCCAGAAGGUGGCGACGUCCUUGAUCGAUGGAUCCGUUUCGCAAUUACAAAGGGAGUUGAAGAACUUCAUCUUCGACAUCACGUUUUUGAUUAUGUUUUCCCUCACUGGUUACUUUCUGAACAAGUAAACGCAGGCUCAAGAGUUAAUCUAAAAGUUCUGUCAAUAUGUAGCAUUGAUGGUAUUUUACGACCUCCUCCUGAUUUUAACGGAUUCAAUCAGCUAAAGACUCUUCAUCUAAUUCAUGCUAUCAUCGAUCCAAGUUUUACGUCAAAUCUCUUUUCUGUCUUUGCGUCCCUCGAAAGCUUGACCUUAUAUCGCUGCAGCCUUGGUCGAUAUCUUGCUAAUACUAGAACUGAUCUGAAUAUUGUUGCCGGUGAUCGUCUAACUGAACUGAGAGUCAUGGAUUGCGGCCCAGCCAAAAUCAAAAUUUCUGCACAAAAUCUUGCCUCCUUGGAAUAUAUUAAUAAUCAUUGGACCUCUCUUUCUAUCAAAACUCCGCGUUUAGCAAGAAUUUAUUUGCCAGACACUGUUCACGAUCCAUUGUUACCUCAUGUUCUAACACAAUUUGCGACGUGUUCUGAGCUCGAGUCUCUUUGUCUGCGGAUGUACCCGGAAACCCUAAUCAAUUUCAGCAUGCCAGCUUUUGGAAAUUUGAGGAAAUUGAAGGUGGAUAUCUGCAUCCAAUAUGGUCGUCCAUACAAUGAUGACAAUCUUCUUCGCUUUCUGGAUUUUCUCAAGGCUGCACCCGUUUUGGAAGAGCUUGUAACAGCUUUGAUUGACCUCAAGUUUACUGACACUACUGAUGAACGAGAGAUAAGGAAUGUUUCUGGAUUUACACAUGAUAACUUGAAAUUAGUUAAGAUGAAGAGUUUCCACGGUCACUGGUCCGAAAUAGAGUUUGCGAUUUGUAUUCUCAAGUACACAACAAAUCUCAAGAUAAUGGAAAUUGGGCCUUUCGCAAGAAGCGUUUCUGGUGACUACUUUCGAGAGAAGGUGAAUUAUCCAGAACGACCUAGGGCAAUUAUGAAAGAAAAAAUCAAGGAAGUAAAGACCGAUGCUCAAAUUAUAUUUCUGCCAUAA